UCAGUUCAAACCAUAGACAGUACAAAACAACUGUGCUGCGAUUUUAUUAAAUCCAACUUUCCAGACAGAACCUGAAUGCAGCAUAUGAGCUAAAGGAGCUGAGGAAGGCUGUAGCAGCGUGGAUAUGUCGGACCCGGCGGCACAGGCCUUACAACCCCGGCUUCUUCAAGCCCAGUCUGCUGGGUCAGCGGGCUCCAGUACUGCUGCUACAGGCUCCGGGGCAGGGAAUAGUGACCCGGUGAGACCAGGACUUAGCCAGCAACAACGUGCAAGCCAGAAGAAAGCCCAAGUCCGAGCUUUCCCACGGGCGAAGAAGCUUGAGAAACUUGGCGUAUUCUCCGCAUGCAAGGCUAAUGACACAUGCAAGUGCAAUGGAUGGAAAAACCCAAACCCACCAUCAGCCACACGUAUUGAUCUGCAACAGCAAGCAGCCAGCCUGAGCGAGCCCUGCCGCAGCUGUGGACAUGCUCUGGCUGAUCAUGUCUCCCAUCUGGAGAACGUGUCUGAGGAUGAGAUUAACAGGCUGUUGGGGAUGGUGGUUGAUGUGGAGAACCUUUUUAUGUCUGUGCACAAAGAAGAAGACACUGAUACCAAGCAGGUCUACUUCUACCUUUUCAAGCUGCUGAGGAAAUGCAUCCUCCAGAUGAGCCAGCCAGUUGUAGAGGGAUCCCUUGGAAGUCCACCUUUUGAGAAACCCAACAUUGAGCAGGGGGUUUUGAAUUUUGUCCAGUAUAAGUUCAGCCACCUUGCACCAAAGGAAAGACAGACCAUGUUUGAACUGUCAAAGAUGUUCCUUUUGUGCCUAAAUUACUGGAAGCUUGAGACCCCUACGCAGUAUCGUCAGCGUACCCAGAAAGAUGAUGGGACGGCUUACAAAGUGGACUACACUAGGUGGUUGUGCUAUUGCCACGUUCCACAAAGUAACGACAGCUUACCGCGCUAUGAAACUACUCAGGUGUUCGGGCGGAACUUGCUCAAGUCCAUCUUCACCGUUACUCGACGCCAGCUCCUGGAGAAGUUCAGAGUUGAGAAGGAUAAACUGCUACCGGAGAAACGCACACUCAUCCUCACACAUUUCCCCAAGUUCUUGUCAAUGCUGGAGGAGGAAAUCUAUGGUGAGAAUUCACCCAUAUGGGAGGCUGAUUUCACGAUGCCUGCCUCAGAUGGCUCACAGCUGGGACAUCAGACAGUGAUCAGUCCUGCUUCAGUGUCUGGCUCCCCUGCUCUGUCAAAGUGUCUGAACAGCAGCUCUUCUCUGGGCAGCAUGGACACUGGAAGUGUAGAGCCCAAAACAGGAGAAAAACGUAAACUUCCCGAGACCUUGACACUGGAGGAUGCCAAGCGGAUUCGUGUGAUGGGAGACAUACCAAUGGAGCUGGUCAAUGAAGUCAUGAUGACAAUCACUGACCCUGCUGCUAUGCUUGGACCAGAGACUAAUCUGCUGACACCAAACGCUGCCCGGGAUGAGACUGCCAGGCUGGAGGAGAGACGUGGAAUCAUAGAGUUUCAUGUCAUUGGAAACUCGCUUUCCCAGAAGUCAAACAAGAAGAUCCUGAUGUGGCUGGUUGGCCUACAGAAUGUCUUUUCUCACCAGUUACCUCGCAUGCCCAAAGAGUACAUAACACGACUGGUGUUUGACCCGAAGCACAAGACCCUAGCCCUUAUCAAAGAUGGCCGCGUAAUUGGAGGCAUCUGUUUUAGGAUGUUUCCCACUCAGGGCUUCACAGAGAUCGUCUUUUGUGCCGUCACAUCCAAUGAGCAAGUUAAGGGCUAUGGUACCCACCUGAUGAAUCACCUUAAGGAGUACCACAUCAAACACAACAUCCUCUAUUUCCUCACCUAUGCUGAUGAGUAUGCCAUUGGCUACUUCAAGAAGCAGGGCUUUUCCAAAGACAUCAAAGUGCCGAAGAGUCGAUACCUUGGAUACAUCAAAGACUAUGAGGGAGCGACCCUGAUGGAGUGUGAGCUGAACCCUAGAAUCCCGUACACCGAGCUUUCUCAUAUCAUUAAAAGACAGAAGGAGAUUAUUAAGAAACUGAUUGAAAGGAAACAGAGCCAGAUCAGAAAGGUUUACCCGGGUCUCACCUGCUUCAAAGAGGGAGUGCGACAGAUCCCAGUAGAGAGCAUUCCAGGCAUAAGAGAGACAGGCUGGAAACCCAGUAACAAGGACAAAGGAAAAGAGGUGAAGGACCCCGAUGUGCUAUACAACAUGCUGAAGAACCUGCUGGCUCAGAUAAAGACUCAUCCUGACGCCUGGCCCUUCAUGGAACCAGUGAAGAAAUCUGAAGCUCCAGAUUACUAUGAAAUCAUCCGCUUUCCUAUCGACCUAAAGACUAUGACAGACAGACUGAAGAACAGAUACUAUGUGACCAAGAAACUUUUUAUUGCUGACCUACAGCGAAUCAUCACCAACUGUCGCGAGUACAACCCCCCAGACAGCGAGUACUGCAAGAGUGCCAAUACCUUAGAAAAAUUUUUCUACUUCAAAUUAAAAGACGGAGGCCUGAUUGAGAAAUGACGUCUGCCUCAGAACUAUUUCGACUGACAAGGAGUGACUUUCACAGCUGCCAAGCUUUUUUUUUUUUAAAGCUAUUGUCAUAUCUGGGUUAAUUAAAGGUUAUGCUAAAGAAAAAAAAAAAAACACAGGGGAAUUGUUGGACUUGUAUCAGCCAGUUUAGCACUGCAAGUGUCAAAAUGUCACCCAGUUAAAUUUAUCUGGUGGCAUUUUCUCUUUCUUACUCUCUGUGGGUGGAUUAUCUGCACAUACAUCUUUCAAUGAGUGUACCAAAGUUACAGGUCCAAGUUAUAAUAAUGCUACUCUUUCCACCAUUCUUUAUAGUGUGAUAGAUUUGGUUUUGUUGCAUUUUAUAGGAGCCAAUGUAUAAGUUGUGUAGAGUUCAUUCAAAAAAAAAAAAAGAGGAAAAAAAAAUACUGGACCUUGGGA